UGCCUCAGUCCGCGUCCUAGCGGCCCGCAGAAGGCGGAGGGCUCCGGCUGGAGGCCGGGGGUCACGGCCAGCCUCUGGGGUCGCUCUCCCGGCUGCUGCCCGGUCCCCGCGCCCGCGGUCGUCCGGGGCCCCUUCGGGGAGCCCCAGCCACCCCGCCUGUACCCGGGUCGUCACCGGGAUGGCUCGGAUGCAGGCUGGAGUGGCAGAACCACUGUCCCGGGUCAUCGGUCUCCAAAAGCAGCCUUUGCUCUCUUUGCAGAAAGGAAAAGCAUCUCAGCCAUUCGGGUCACGGGGACGAGGGGCUCCACGUCCUGCUCUCGGCGCGGAUCUGUGGAUUUGGGCGACUUGGCGAAAGACAAGAGGACUGAACAAAAUGGACACACAAAUAGGGAACAUGGGGGAAGCAAAAACAACUGCUGAGCUACAGAAAACUAUGAUACAGGACUCAGUGGUCUUUGAGGAUGUGGCGGUGGACUUUACCCAGGAGGAGUGGGCUCUGCUGGAUCCUGCUCAGAGGAACCUCUACAGAGAAGUGAUGCUGGAAAACUUCCAGAACUUGGUCUCUCUAGGUUAUGUGCUGCGCACACCCCAUAUGAUCUCCCAGUGGAAACGAGAGGAAGUCCUGGGAUCAGAGAAGAGAGGGCUUUUCCAGCGCUUCUGUUCUGUGAAGCACCAGGAAGGUUUCGAGACUCAACUGAAAACUAAUUCAUCAGUUGCUCUGCAAGAUAUUUAUGGAGAAAAAAUAUCCAAUGAACAGAAAAUAGCUAGACUUAGAAGGGAUGGUUCCUGGUCCUCCACUUUACAUGAAAACUGGGAAUACUGUGGGAUUGAUAAUCAAAACAAAAGCCAUGAGAGAGAUUCAAGAAGAAGUCAUAUGGUAGAGAAUGUCUAUGAACGUAAUGAAAGUCAUGAUGGACAAAUUCCAUCGUUCGGUCAAAUUCCAGAUCAUAAAAUCCUCCAGAAAACUAAAGAAGUAAGCUACUAUGAAAAAAAGUGUGGAAAGGCCUUUGUGGAUCAUUUCUCUCUUAAGAAUCACAUCAAGUCUCAUAAUGGAAGCAAACCCUAUCAGUGCAAGGAAUGUGGGAAAGCCUUCCACUUUUUUGCUUGUUUUAAGAAGCAUGUGAAAACUCCUACUGAAGAGAAACCCUAUGAAUGUAAGGAAUGCACCAAAGCCUUCAGUUGUUCUUCAUUCUUUAGGGCACACAUGAAGAUUCACGCUGUAAAGACAAACUAUGAAUGUAAGGAAUGUGGGAAGAAUUUCAGUUGUUCUUCAUCCCUCACAGAACACAAAAGAAUUCACAGUGGAGAUAAGCCUUAUGAAUGUAAGGAAUGUGGGAAGGCCUUUAGCUGUUCCUCCUCUCUCUCCAAACACAAAAGAAUUCACAGUGGAGAUAAGCCAUAUGAAUGUAAGGAAUGUGGGAAGGCCUUUAGUUCCUCCUCUCACCUUAUAACACAUAUAAGAAUUCACACCGGAGAGAAGCCUUAUGAAUGUAAAGAGUGUGGGAAGGCCUUCAGUGAGUCCUCAAAACUCACUGUACACAUGAGAACACAUACUGGAGAGAAACCCUAUAAAUGUAAAGAAUGUGGAAAAGCCUAUAACUGUCCCUCCUCCUUAAGUAUCCAUAUGAGAAAACACACUGGAGAGAAACCCUAUGAAUGUCUGGAAUGUGGAAAAGCCUUCUAUCUUCCUACUUCCCUUAACACGCAUGUGAAAAACCAGAGUAGAGAGAAACCCUAUGAAUGUAAGGAAUGUGGGAAGGCCUUUAGCUGUCCCUCAUCCUUCAGAGCACACGUGAGAGAUCACACUGGAAAGAUACAGUAUGAAUGUAAAGAAUGUAGAAAGACCUUCAGUCGUUCCUCAUCCCUCACCGAACACUUAAGAACUCACAGUGGAGAGAAGCCUUAUGAAUGUAAGGAAUGUGGGAAAGCCUUCAUUAGUUCCUCCCACCUUACAGUGCAUAUAAGAACUCACACUGGAGAGAAACCCUAUGAAUGUAAGAAAUGUGGGAAAGCCUUUAUCUAUCCCUCUGCCCUUAGGAUCCACAUGAGAAUGCACACUGGGGAAAAACCCUAUGAAUGUAAAGACUGUGGGAAAGCAUUUCGUCAUUCUUCGUACCUUACUGUACACGCAAGAAUGCACACCGGAGAGAAACCCUUUGAAUGCCUGGAAUGUGGAAAAGCCUUCAGUUGCCCCUCAUCCUUUCGAAGACAUGUGAGAAGCCACACUGGCGAGAAACCAUAUGAGUGUAAGGAAUGUGGGAAAGCCUUUGUUUGUCCUGCCUACUUUCGAAGACAUCUGAAAACUCAUGCUAGAGAAAACACAUAAAUAUUAGGAAAAGGAAUAUCUGCAAAGCUUCUUCAAAUCUUAGGCAACUGAUGAAUGCUCACAUUAUGGAGAUAUUCUAUGAAUGUAAGAAGGUGGGAAAAUUGCUCAUCUGUUUGAAGAUCUGUGAGAGAAACUCUGUAUGUAAACCACAUGGUAACACCUUUGUGAACAUUGCUUACUGGGUAUAAGAAAAUUCAUACUAGAAAUGAAAAUCAGUGCCUCAUCCUUAAAGUGGACUGCUGGGUCAGUUUUAAGGUGAUAAAUGAACCUUUUCAGCUUUAGCCACAUGUUUAUGGUAUGAGGUGCUUUUAUUUUGGCAAAGACCCAAAUAAUACUCCCAUUAUAAAAAGUCUUAGCUCCACAGAAGAUCUUAAGUCUAUGUUUUCAUAUAUAAGCAGAAGUGUUUAUUUUUUAAAAUUGGCUUUUGAUUAAUGAUCACUAUUCUCAAGUACAUAAUCAUUAUGCUUUUUUUUUUCUUUUUUUCUGGAGAGGUUUUUGUUAUAGGGCGCGUGCGCUCGCCAGACA